GAUUGAAAAAAUAAUGGCUCCCAAACAAUGGCCUUUUGAGCAAAUGAAUGAAAUGUUCUUCCCAACCUUCUAUUUAUCCCUUUCCUUUUUUAUCACUAUAUUAGUAAUGAUUAAGCUCGCAAGAAAAACCAAAACCAAUCUGAACUUGCCUCCAUCACCACCAAAACUACCAAUCAUAGGCAAUCUCCAUCAGUUAGGAACACUACCACACCGUUCCUUUCGUGAACUCUCACUCAAGUACGGUGAUGUGAUGAUGUUGCAGUUGGGGAAGAGCGAAACACCAACUCUGGUGGUUUCAUCUCCACAAGUAGCCAUGCAAAUAAUGAAAACCCAUGACAUAGCUUUUUCAAACCGACCCCAAAACGCUGCUGCAAAAAUCAUACUCUACGGAUGCACAGACAUUGGGUUUGGGCUAUAUGGAGAAAACUGGAGACAGAAAAGAAAAAUAUGUGUUCUCCAAUUUUUAAGCAUGAAAAUGGUGCAAUCAUUUCGUAGCAUCAGAGAAGAGGAAGUUGCUGAGUUGAUGACUAAGUUACGUGAAGUAAGCUCAAGUGAUUCGAGUUACGUGAAUCUUAGUGAGAUGAUUAGGUCAACGUCAAUGAAUAUUGUAUGUAGAUGUGUUCUUGGACGCAAGCAUUCGGGAGAUAGUUACAUGAAAGUGGAAGAGGCUGUAAGGAAUAUUAUGGUUCAUCUUGCAGCUUUCACUGUGAGAGAUUACUUUCCGUUGUUUGGUUGGGUUGACGUUCUCACCGGAACAAUCCAGAAAUAUAAGGCUACCUUUGAAGCAUUAGAUGCUUUAUUUGAUCAAGCAAUGGCAGAACACUGGACAACACACUCAAAAGACAAAGGCUUCUUGGAUAGUCUUCUCCAACUUCAACGGGAUAGUAGCAUGCUGAACUUUGAGCUCACCAAAAAUGACAUCAAAGCACUUCUAAUGGACAUGUUCGUUGGAGCAACUGAUACUACUGCAGUAGCGUUAGAGUGGGCUGUUACAGAGCUUAUAAGAAACCCAAUCAUAAUGAAAAAAGCACAAGAAGAAGUGAGAAAAGUUGUAGGGCAUAAAUCAAAUAUAGAGGAAGAUGAUAUCAAUCAAAUGCAAUAUCUAAAGUGUGUAAUCAAAGAAACUCUAAGGUUACAUCCACCUGCUGCUCUUUUGGCUCCUCGAGAAACAAUAUCAAGUCUGAAGCUGAAUGGAUAUGAUAUUCCAGCAAAAACAAUGGUAUAUAUUAAUGCAUGGGCAAUUCAGAGAGACUCAAAAUUUUGGGAAAGCCCAGAAGAGUUCAUACCAGAGAGAUUUGAAAACAGUGAGGUUGAUUUUCAAGGCCAACAUUUUCAGUAUAUUCCUUUUGGUUUUGGGAGAAGAGGAUGUCCUGGACUUAAUUUUGCACUUGCUACUGUUGAGUAUGAGUUGGCUAGUCUUCUUUAUUGGUUUGAUUGGAAACUCCCUGAUGAUACACUUAAUCGAGACAUAGAUGUGAGUGAGAUAUUUGGACUUGUUGUCUCAAAGAAAGUGCCACUUAAUCUUAAACCAAUAGCCUUUUCGUUUUAAUCUAAAUUUUAAAGCUUUGUUCUUAACGUGAUUAUUGUUGUAAAUACCUUUCCUUUGUAUGGUGUGUUGUUUAGAUACUACGUAAGUGCUGUUCACCAUGUAUUUAAAAGGUGAUAAAUUUUAUGUAUGCCUGAUAUGUAAUUAUAAUUAUAUGUCUGGUCAUAUGUCAUAUACUGUAUUUGUUAAUUAACAAAAUAUAACUCUGUCAUUUUCUUCCUU